UAUCGUUCUUAUUAACAGAGUAGGAAACUAAGUAAAAUAAACGCUAUAUUAAUAUUCGUCUAAAAUAAAGUAUAGAUUGUUAUAAAACUUAAAAAAAAAAAAAUCUAUUAUCAUUAGUGAUUUAAUAAAUUCUAGAAAAUUCAAGAGAUAUAUUUUUUUUUUCAAAUAAAAAUAAAACACAUCGAUAUUAAAAAAAGUAACAUUUUAUAAAUACAUAAAUAUUAUUUUACAAUACGAAUCUUUCCACUAUUGAAUAUUUUAAGAAUUAUUUUUUGUAUAUUAAACAUGUCUAAAAUUCGUGUGAAGAGAAGUGCCAUAUGGCAAUAUUUUUCCAUAAACUAUCAAGAAAAUGGAUACACGAUUGUUAAGUGCAACGAGUGCGAUCUCACGGUGCCUUAUUGCAAAAACACGACGAAUCUAUGGUCACAUAUCCGCAUACGUCACAAAAAUGUUGUAAUAGAAAACGAACUGGUUAAUCAGUCGAAUAGAAAAAAAAGUCACGCGUCCACUUCGUCGAAAUUCAGACCAUCAACUUCUUCGAGAAUUUGUGAUAUAUCGGAAAAAUAUUUUGACUCGAGACGAGACAAGGAAAUAACACGAUCUUUGAUACAAAUCAUAGCCGAAAACGUAAUCCCGUUCUCCGCAGUGCAUGGAAAAAUAUUCAGAAAUUUCGUAAGGGCGUUGAACGACAAAUACAAACUGCCAGAUAGAGCUAUCUUGAUCUCGAAAUACCUUCCAGAAUUGUACGAGCACAAACGCGUGGAAAUGAGUGAAAUUUUAUCGAAAGCGACGAAUAUUCAUCUCGCCGUCAGUUUAUGCACAGAUUUUAAACGCAGGAUACCAUUUAUGAUAACGAUCGCGUAUUUCUGCGCCAACGGAGUCCAGCAUCAUAAACUUUUGCAGAUCUCGUGUCUGAAACAAAUGAAUGAAACGACGAUACGUGAGAAUUUGUUAAAUGUCGCUGACACUUGGGAAAUCGCUUCGAAAGUAAGAACUGUUGUUUACAACGGUAAAAGCGAUAUUGUGAACGCGAAUGAAACGGAAUGGCGACAGAUAUAUUGUUUCGGGCGCACGUUGAACUUGAUGACACGAAACGCUAUAAGAGAUAGCAAAAUUAUAAACGAGCUGGUCAAUAAAUGUCGAAAUAUCGUCCGUCUCUUUAGAUUCGACAACUCCGUUGCGAAAUUAUUGAGGAAGCUUGGGGAAAAUUCAUCGAAAAUUUCGAAUUUGUUCAAAGAUACACCCGAUCGUUGGACGACCGUGUAUUUAUUGUUGAACGAUAUAAACGAAUCGAGAUCUAUUCUAUCGAAAGUUUUUGUCAAACUGUCGAAGAAGCACGUACCAUCCCUGACGGAGAACGAAUGGAGAAUAAUUUCCGAGAUGAUAAUGGUUUUGAAGCCAUUGCACGAGGCUACGAGAGAAUUAUUGGUCGAUUGCACCGUGACGAUCUCAAAAAUAAUACCUAUCGUUCAUGGUGUGGAGGCUGCUUUGAAAAAUAUGGAUAAUUUGUCGCAAGAUGUGACCUUUUUCCGCGACAAUUUAUUAACACUUUUCGGUAAACGGUUUGAGAAUAUCGAAAGAAAUCCUGUUUACGCCAUUGCCACGUUUUUGGAUCCUAGAUACAAGGAUAUCGCGUUUCAAUCGAAAGAAUGCGUCAAAUUGGCGAAACAUCUGUUGAUUAAGGAGUUGAAUUGUUUCGAUAAUGAAAAGAAUAAUUCUGAUUUACACGUGGAUAAAGUGGAAGUAAAGGAGGAGAAUAAAGAAACGAAUAUUUUGUGGGCAGUGUUCGACAAGAGGGUUCAGGAGUUGCAGACUGAAUCUGAUAAUUGUGUAAUUUAUUGUUCGUUGAAGCAUGAAUUGGAGAGAUACGCAAAUGUGAAAAUAAUUAAUAGAAAAACCGAUCCAAUCAUGUGGUGGAAAAAUAUGGGACAAUCAACGUUUCCAAGGCUUUCGAAACUUGCAUUAGAAUAUUUAUGCAUACCUUCAUUCUCUGCACCUAAAAAUCUCUUGUUUUCAAAAAUUCGUAAAAUUUUGUUUAAUCGAGAAAUGGAAUUAUCGACCAUGUAUGUUAACAUGUUGGCUAUAAUAAAUUUAAAUUAAGGAAAAAAA